CUCACAGCUAAAAGCUGUUUUGUGGUUUUUUCUCCCGUAUAAGCUUUCAUCAUGUCUAUACAAUUUCUGCUGUCUUUCACAGAAUUUCCUGGAACGUCUGAACACUGCAGUCCAAGUCAAAUGCUGCCAGAGUUGCCAUCUUUGUUUGACACAAGCCACACUUUCAGAAUGCUGGCCAUUAUACAUGAAUGGGAGGGCAUGUCUGCCAGUCACACAGACAACACUGGAAAGUAUGUUUCACUUUUACUUUCCAAAGCAGGCCUGGAAACAGCGAUCUUUUAUUUAUGGUGUCAAAAACGGUACACCAUCUUUAUGAGUGUGUGCAGCCUGUCCAUCAUAGUAGCUGACUGGGUGAUGACCAUUUUAAUGGCAGCUGUGUGGUUACUGGGUCCUGUCCACUCAUUUACACCCUGCCUCCUUUUGACUAAUGCCUCAGCAACAUAUGCAGCAUUACCACUGCCCAUGAUAUGCCUGAGUUUAACGGACUACCUUUUAAGAGACAAAGCUCUUAGCAAAGGCAGAGCCUUCUUAAAAACCCUCGGAAAUAUACUCCUGACACUUCUCAUGUGGCUGCUAGCUUUUAUGUGCUCUUUUAGCCAUGCUGAUGCUAAACUGAUGGAUAUGAGUUGCAGCAAAAGGUUGAAGAAAGCUCUGGUGUGUGAAGUGGAGGAGUCAAAACUGGUGAUCAACUUCAUUGCUGGGAUUUUCACUGCAAUCCUUUUAACACUGCUACCAUUUUGCUCACAUAUUCCCCAGUGGGUACGAGAUGCUGACAAGUUCUGUGAAGCAGAGGAAGAACAAGAGAAGGUGGGGAACAACUUGCUACUCACUUCAACCCUCUGCCCAGAGACAAAAGGUGAUGAAAAGAGUUACCUGACAGAUACAAUCCACCAUCGACCGCCUCUCUGGAUCAGUCUAAUACUGGGCUUCGCCACAUUCUGGAUGCCUUUUCUUGCUGUGUCUCUGGCCUGUUUGGUUUUUGGCCUUGGAGUACCUGCAUACAUAUCUGUUAACCUGUUGUGGCUGGAAUGCACCAACAGUUUACUGCUGGGUGUGCUAUUCUGGGUAAAGAGCAAGACUCUAGGGCCACACACCAAUUUACCAGAAAAUCUAUGCUCAUGGCACAUUUACUGGCAUAUAAGCACAGAAAUGCAACCCGAACUGAUGGUUCCUGAGCUCAACCCAUCAAAAGAGAAGAGAAAUACUUAUGAUGUGUAAGAAAAAACCUGAAAGUAACAGACAUCACAAGCCUAGAUGGAAUGUCAAACUCAUUUUACAAUGUGGGCCACAUACAGCAGACUUUGAUGCUAAGUGGAGCAGAUAAGUGCAUCGAAUCCCUAUACAUGGGACAAGUUUUUCUACAUGAUAAAGAAAUAUUGCUGUAGUAAAUAAAAC